UGGGGGUGCAGAGGGAAGGGUCUUUGAUGGCAAGGAGAGGUACCAGGGUGCCAAGCCGGCUCAGGAUUGUUGCCUUUUGGCCGACUCAGAGGCCUCCAGACCAGAGGAGCUCCAUCUCCCGUGGGAGUAUUGGCUUGUCACUCCCUGCCUCUAGCUAGCACAGCGGUCACAGAUGGCCGCGUCUCUGGGGACAGCAGCUGCGACUGAGUCUACAGGCCAACCCUGAGCCGCUCAGGCUGAGGCAGCGUGCUCUGUGCAGAGUGCAGACCAGGCGUCUGUGGGUAUGAGGUGACAGGUCACCUGAGACUAGGGGACACAGGAGGAACUGGAGUUUGGAGUCAGAAUAAUGGCGUUUCUCCUCAACCUGCUCUGAAGGUGAUUCUGUCCACUCCCCUAUCCCGCUCGCCACCAGAAGCCAAGAUGGCUCAUGUCCUCACGCUUGGGAAGUUUCUUUCUGUCGCAGAGGACUCGAGCCUCAGGUCAUUACUGGGAAUGAGCUCUUCCACUUCUCAGUUGAGUAAUCCUUUGUAAAGUGCCUUGUCUAGGCGUCUGUUUGGUCCUCUGUCUACAGACAGUGAUGCCCAGCCAAUAUGCCCUGGCUAAGCCUGUGAAAAUGCUGGACUCUGCCAGCCAAAGCCGCCGCGAUGCCGCACUUCCUGGACUGGUUCGUGCCUGUCUACCUGGUCAUCUCCAUCCUCAUCCUGGUGGGCUUUGGAGCUUGCAUCUACUACUUCGAGCCUGGCCUGCAGGAGGCGCACAAGUGGCGCAUGAAGCGCCCCCUGGUGGACCGUGAUCUCCGUAAGACGCUGAUGGUGCGGGACAACCUGGCUUUCGGAGGUCCAGAAGCCUGAGCCAGAGGACAACCCCUUGAUCUUUCCAUCCACGCAUCUGUAGCCCAGUAGAGGCCCUUGCUGUUCAGGGAGGCCCGCCCCUUGUGUAAGACACCAAGCACUCGAAUAUCUUAUUUGCUGCUCCGGGCUCAAAAUCAUGCCUUCCCUUCCUAGCUCUGGGGACAUCCUCCACUGGCCCUCAGUGCCUUUAAGUGCUGUCCAGCCCUCUUCCCCUUCACUGAAUUCCCAAUUGCUUUCAGCUCUCAUUUCUGCCUCAAAGCUGCCCCAGGAGAAGCCUUUCAUCAGAAGGCUGAAAGUUCAGACCAGCCCCGCCCACCUGGGUGAGCUCAGACUUAGAGGAAGUGAUAGUGUAUCGUGGGGGUGUGCAGAAGGGCAGGACUUUGGAAAGGGUGUGUGUGUGUGUGUGACAGCGGGCAGGCACUAGAAGGUGGGAAGUUGUGUGUGUGUGUGUGUGUGUGUGUGUGAGAGAGAGAGAGAGAGAGAGAGAGAGAGAGAGAGAGAGAGAGAGAGAGAGAGAAUGGGGGCCCUGGCAGAGGAAGCAGCGGUGGGCGUGGAGUGGGCUCUACGCAGCACGCAGCAGUGGAAGGUCUGUCCACUGCAGGUUCCAGCGCCUUCCCUCUGCUGGAGUCUUCCACCCUUCCCCUAGGCUGAGGUGGCCGACAGGAGCCCCUGCCCAUGCUCCCUCUCUGUCUCAUGCUGCACUUCCGGGACUGAGCCUAGCCUCGGCUGCCCACCCUGGAAGCUCCUCCUGUGUGGAGACUUCAUUACUUGACUUUGUGGCACAAAUGGGCAGACUUCAUCUCUCUCUUCUGCUGUGGCUUCCAUUUUCAUGUAUUCAAAUCUAAUAAAGGUUUCAUGGC